AUGCAGUGGGACAAAACACUUGCAACGAUAGCGGUCUAUCCACGCGCGUACAAAAAGGACACCCUGCAAGUUCUCGAUCGGUUCAAGCUUGCGCAACAGGAUGACGCGGAGGAUGCGCGGGCCGCUCACCACGUUCCCUCCUUCGCCGAGUAG